AUUUAAGUGCAGGGUUGGUGCUGGAGAGAGACGUAGGCUAGCAUCACAGAUAAGACCUUGACAUGGUGAGCGAACGUCGGGAGCCACAAACGUAAGUUACUUAAAGCCAGGAGCCAGACAUUGAAGCGCUGGUGUAUGAGGAUAAGCUUUGUGCGAAAUUUGAACUGUAAGUCUACAUUGACAGAGUGUACACCAGGUCAACAUGCGUUCUUGGCAUCCAUCAUUGCUCCUGAUACUAAUGUCCACAGUGUCAGGGCGAAUCAUUGAUCUAUCUCACAAGCAUGGGCCUACAACAUUCAUGGUGCCUGGAUUUGAACACUACAACAGAACCUUGGUGAAGACACUAAUAUUUAAUAAAGAUGUAGCUGUCGAGACAGCGGUUUACUCUUCGAAUGAGCAUGGUGGAACUCACAUGGAUGCUCCAUUGCAUUUUUAUAAAGUUGGGAUGACUCUUGAUAACAUUCCGUUAGAAAAUACAAUCGCUGAAGGUGUCAUGAUUGAUGUGUCAGACGAAGCCAGCAAAAAUAUUGAAUAUAAGGUACCUCUGUCAAAGAUACAUGCAUGGGAAAAACAGAAUGGAGAGAUACCACAGAAAGCAGCUGUCAUUUUUAAUUUUGGAUGGCACAAGAAAUUUCAUAAUAAAUUUGAGUACAUCAAUACAGUUACCGAUGACUGGCGCCAGAUCAAAAUCCCAUCAGUCAGUGAAGAAGUGGGCAAUUUUCUCUAUGACAGUCGCGACAUCAAGAUCAUCGGAGUGGACACCAUGUCGCCAGACCCCAUGAACACCGGCUCUGCGCCAAUCCACAUCAAGUACCUGGCCAACAACAAGCUGAUCGUGGAGAACUUGAACGCCACGGACUCCCUACCUCCGCGAGGAUUUCGGUUUCACGCAGCACCGGUGAAAUAUGUGGGGGCUUCUGGGGCGCAGAUCAGAGCCUAUGCUAUUGUCCACGAGAACCAAGAACCAAGAACCAAGAACCAAGAAAAUAGGUCUUGGAUUAUACUUCCUACUUGGUGUUUAGUUAUUAUCUUGUUAUUUAGUCAUUUAGUCAUACUAUUAUAAUAUCAAAUCUUGGUCUUGUCAUUUCAGAUUCUUUAUUUAGACACUGAAUGUUUAUUGUCAUAAUUCAUUUUAUCGAACAGCUCCUUCAUCUUGUGAGCAUCAUUCUGUUUAUCUUUUUGUUCUUUUGUAUUUAUUUGUAUCGGUAGCAUAGCAACCAUGGAGCGAAGGGGUUUAUUGAAUCCGGGACCAUGACAAUAAGAGAAUCACAAAAAAUAACUAAACAAAUUUAAAUGAAAUAUAUAUAUCACCUAUCACUUGUUAAAAGUCUUUACUAACUUAAGUGUAAGGAUACUAUUAUUUCUAAAAGACUGCAACUAUAUUGAAUUGACUUUCCCACACCAGUACGGGAUGACUGUUACUCUCACUAUCAUAUUCUUGAACCGUGUUCGUAAAACUGGUUUUGAAGUGAUUUACUAGAAAAUGAAAAGACAUAGGAUGAAAAAGUAGAUUCAUUAAAGGUAAAUACUAACUUUUCGAGAGAAAUAUGCACAGUAUAUAUCCCAUAUUAUAUUUUUAUUUUCCCUUUAUUUUAAAGUCAAGCUUUGGAACCAGUACUUAUAAAAAAACAUUGGCUCAAAUAAAUGUUUUAUUUUAGAACAUGUUGACGUCUCACUGUAUUUCUGCUGAAACAUUCUAUGCAGUUCUAUGGCCAUAGGCUGGAUACUUUCAUCAUUACGUAUUGAUCCAAAUAAUUUUACUAUGGAUAGUUUUGACAAAAAAGUAGAAAUGUUUUAGAAUAGUAAUGAGUUUAUUAGUUUUAUGUGAUUAAAAUGUAUUUAUAAGAACCCCAGUUUCUCCAUCACAUUCAUUUAUAUAUUUCAUAUUUUUAGUCCGCUAUCAGUAGAGUCAUUAUCAUAUGUCGUGCUCUACGUCUAUAUUACAUGCAUUAAAGUGACAGCUUCCACUCUACACUAUAUCAUAUAUUAACUUCAUUUGUUGUGAAAGUGACUUAUAUAUUUAUGUGUGAGUGUGUGCACGUUUGGCUCUUAUGAAAAGAUUAGACUUUUAGUUUCUAUCAUUAUACAACUUGACUUGCCCAGCCCCUAUUUCUAUUUGUUUUAAAGUGUAUCAUUGAUUUAAAGCUAGUUAUAAAAAGGUUUCUACUUGCUUUAUUAUUGCUUUAAAUUUCUUGAAGAACUCUUCAACAAGUAGAGGGAACACAAAUAAUUCAGGACAUCAAGCACAGACCAAAGAAGAGAAACUAAAUAGAGGACAAAAAAAAAAGCAAACCGCAAAGACCUGAAAUAAACACAUCCAAGUAAAUAUCGCGACAUUUCAGUUUCAAACUAUCCCUGAAUGUUGUUCAGACAUUAGCACGUCAAACAGUGACAUGAAAACAAAACGUUCUUCGUUUUCAAUUAUAUAAUGGAAUAGUAAACAGUGGUUCCCAAACUUUUUUCCUUAACGGAACACUUCGCACAUUUUGAGUAUUUAGCAGAACACAUUGCUAUUUUGUUAGUAUUUUUUAUGGAAAGAUGGUGGGGGCCUAUUAUUUAAUUAUUGAAGUACUUCGUGAAACACCUAUUCAGGCUUCGCGAAACACUAGGAAUCCUCGGAAACAUUCUAUUGGAAGGUUCAGACAAGUAGUCCUAAGUCUAUAAUGAAGUAAGUAAUGUAGUUUCCAGUUCUGGCAGCUGUCCGUAUAGUGUUUGAUCUAUUGGGAGAUUUCGGAGCUAUCAGUAGCGUUUGCAGCUUUGGAGGGCACGAAAAGUUAAAUGUGUUUAAGAGUUAAUAAAGUUUGUGAGAUGGGUCAAACUUAAGAGUUGAGGAUGUUUUCAAAGUUUGUGAGAUGGGUCUACUUAAGGAGUUGAGGAUGUUUUCAAAGUUUGUGAGAUGGGUCUACUUAAGAGUUGAGGAUGUUUUCAAAGUUUGUGAGAUGGGUCUACUUAAGAGUUGAGGAUGUUUUCAAAGUUUGUGAGAUGGGUCUACUUAAGGAGUUGAGGAUGUUUUCAAAGUUUGUGAGAUGGGUCUACCUAAGAGUUGACGAUGUUUUCAAAGUUUGUGAGAUGGGUCUACUUAAGAGUUGACGAUGUUUUCAAAGUUUGUGAGAUGGGUCUACUUAAUAGUUGAGGAUGUUUUCAAAGUUUGUGAGAUGGGUCUACUUAAGGAGUUGAGGAUGUUUUCAAUGUUUGUGAGAUGGGUCUACUUAAGAGUUGACGAUGUUUUCAAAGUUUGUGAGAUGGGUCUACUUAAGAGUUGAGGAUGUUUUCAAAGUUUGUGAGAUGGGUCUACUUAAGGAGUUGAGGAUGUUUUCAAGUUUGUGAGAUGGGUCUACUUAAGAGUUGACGAUGUUUUCAAAGUUUGUAAGAUGGGUCUACUUAAGAGUUGAGGAUGUUUUCAAAGUUUGUGAGAUGGGUCUACUUAAGAGUUGAGGAGGAUUUCAAAGUUUGUAAGAUGGGUCUACUUAAUAGUUGAGGAUGUUUUCAAAGUUUGUAAGAUGGGUCUACUUAAGGAGUUGAGGAUGUUUUCAAAGUUUGUAAGAUGGGUCUACUUAAGAGUUGAGGAUGUUUUCAAAGUUUGUAAGAUGGGUCUACUUAAGAGUUGAGGAUGUUUUCAAAGUUUGUAAGAUGGGUCUACUUAAGAGUUGAGGAUGUUUUCAAAGUUUGUGAGAUGGGUCUACUUAAGAGUUGAGGAUGUUUUCAAAGUUUGUAAGAUGGGUCUACUUAAGAGUUGAGGAUGUUUUCAAAGUUUGUAAGAUGGGUCUACUUAAGAGUUGAGGAUGUUUUCAAAGUUUGUGAGAUGGGUCUACUUAAGAGUUGAGGAGGAUUUCAAAGUUUGUAAGAUGGGUCUACUUAAGGAGUUGAGGAUGUUUUCAAGCCUGAAAGACAGAUAAUGAAAAUAAAUACUACAAGUUUACAUUGACCAAUUAUUUAUUCAGCUGAAGUAUCCCAGGGUUAAUUUACAUAAGAACACAACACAUGUCAUGCUUAUGUUGACACAGUUUCUUUAUGGGUAUAAAACACGUUGAUGUUUUGACAGCUAAGGCCAGGCUGAGGUUAUUCAAAGAUUUUAUAAUAAAUUUACAUUCGUGGUAUUGUUGUUAAAAGCUUGCCAACAGUUGAAGAUUUAGAGAUGAUCUCUAUCACAAAGUUCACUCUAUUGGUGGUUUUCGUCAUGACAUUGACAAAUCUGAUGCUAGCAAAGGGUGCCCCUCUCGAUCCGACUACCACGGCGCCCCAUACUACCCAGCAGUACAGCCAAUGUGGCAGCUGCCCUGCAGGGGAGAAGUGUUACAAGGUGUUCCCCGUGUGUACUACCCCGCCCCCCAACUGUGAAGAGCUCAAGCAGACAGACCCGAGCAGGAGUUGUGUCUUCCCUUGUCCGCCUUUCUACACGUGUAGCGCCUACGAAAUAUUUGGUUGAUGUAUUGAGAUGACCAAUAAACAUAAGAUAUCAAAACACAA